AUGUCUAACAGUGUUAAUGUAACUUAUUCUUCAGUUCUUAACACUUCAGCAGUGGACAAAGGACAGUUACCAACUUCGGCGAUAAUUACUAUGACCUUACAGUUAUUGUCAAUGGUUGCUAUAAUCAUAGGAAAUAUUUUAGUAUUAGUGGCAAUUUUGAAAUUUCGUAGUCUACAGGAUAUAACUGGAAUAUUUGUAGCAAAUUUAGCACUUGCUGACCUAAUAAUUGGAGUAACACAGCCGUUUCAAGUUGCCUUUUUCCUUUUCCCGGAAAUGGAACGGAAUAAAAUUGCAUGUAUUUUAAGAUUUGAAAUAAUCCUUUUUGCAUGUAAUGCAUCAAUCUAUUCGUUGGUUUGUACUGUAGUGGACAGGUUUGUUGCCAUCGCGUACCCGUUACGAUAUCCGAAUAUUAUGACAAGGAAAAUUGCUUUCGGACUAGUUUUAGGAAUUUGGAUAUUUGAUUUUUGUUGCGCAUUCAUUCCGUUUUCUGAAAACGAUUUUGAAAAGUCGCCAUUUUGUUUAUAUGAGCUAGUAAUGAAUAAGUAUUUUAGAUUGUGGAACCACACUUGUGGAAUAAUAUUUGCACUGGUUAUGUUUUUAAUAUACGUAAAGAUAUACUUGAUUGUGAAGAAGCACAUGCGUCAGAUUCAAAUUGAGGCUACUGUAUACACUGACGAUCCAACCGUCCGAAGGACAAAGCAGACGAACACCGUUGUUGCUAUCGUUGUUUUAUUUUUCCACAUAUCAUGGCUACCAUUCUUUAUCAUUGAAUUAACAAUGCUGGAAGUGUCACAAGUUACUCAAAAUAAGGUCCUUGUAGCAAAUUUUCUUGUGUUUCUUGGCGUGAUGAACUCUAUUGUCAACCCAAUCGUGUACGCGUGGAAGAAUAAGCAAUACAGAAGAGCCUUUCAGAAGCUGCUAGGAUUGAAAAUACACAAUGAUGAGAUGAGCACAGUUCAGUCAAUUGCCUGA